CCUUGGCAACCUGCAGAGCCCAGACACCAAACCGUGCGCACGCGCGUGCAACCCAGAAAUGUUAGAGAAAAGAAGCACCCAACGCCCCCGCCAUGCAGCGCGAGCCCGCAAUUGGCUAGUGCCCCGCGGCCGGCUCUUCUCUCCGGCCGCGGCUCCUCCCCGCAAUCCCUCCCUCCCUCCCUGAUCCGGCGAGGUUACUGUUACCAAGGAGGCCGACGACGACGUCCGUUUCUCGCCGGUGCAACAGAGCUGAUCGAGCGGUCCAGCGGCUGCAAUUGUAUUUGGUGCGCAUUGGCCUGAGAUAUACUGUAUAUAUAUAUAUAUAUAUAUUGAUUCGUGCGUGCGUGUGGGCGGCGACGGAUGGCGUCGUCCUCCCUGUCGUCGGCGCUGAGCUCGAUGGAGGUGAUGCUGGACGCGCUCAUGCAGAGAGGGAUCGGCAAGCCCGACGACAAGCCCAAGGAGGAGCCGCCGCCGGCGCUGCCCACGCGCCCCACCAUCCGUGUCCGGCCUCCUUCCAGGCCCGGCUCCAACGCGCCGUGGAGUCAACGCCCACCGCUCGCCCCGCUCCCCCCACCGCCGGGAGAAGAAGAAGAAGCGAAGGAGGCGGCGAGGCGCGAGGUGGAGCUGGAGCUGGAGAGAAGGGCUGUGCGGGCGGAGGAAGAGGCGAAGCAGAAGGACGACGACGUGCGGGUCAAGGAGGAGGAGAUCGCCGGGCUGAGGCAGCAGGUGGAGCUCUACGAGGCCCGGCUCUUGGAAUGGGAGGCCAAGAUGAAGUCCGUGGAGGAGGAGCUGCAGAGUCAGAUCAGCGUGCUGCACAUGUCCCAGGCUGCUGCCGCCGCCAGAGCAUCCGUCGGUUCCACCAGCCACCGCCGGGAGCCGACCUUGUCCGACGGCGUUGCUCAGGCCGAGCAAGCUCCGGCGCCCACGACGGCGGAGGAGGCGUCCGUGAAGCCCCAGCAGCAGCAGCCCGCCGUCGUCGCCGCCGUCCUUGGCUCGAGCUCAAAGAAGAGCCACGCGGACCACCACCUCGCGACCGAGUUCGCGCGGGAGAGCCAGGCGUUCGAGCACGCGGCGAAGGCGGUGGCCGAGGUGAAGCCGGGCACCAUGUCCGUCGACGAGCUCAAGAUGCUGAGGCGGCAGUUCGCCGCCUGGAAGAAGGAGUACGAGGCGCGGCUGCGCAAGACCAAGGCGGAGCUCAAGAAGCGCGUCCACUCGGAGAAGAGCCACGACCAGCAGCAGGCCGGCCACGGCGGCCGGCGCCGGUGGUGCGGCUGGUGGAGGACCAUCAAGGCGCCGAAAUUCAGGGUCCCCAAGAGGUGCUGCACUUGCGCCUGCGCCAUAAAGUUGCCUAACCUUCCAUCGUGCAAGCUCCCUAGCCUCCCCUCCUGUUCCUUCUCUUGCUGCUGCUUUCGCCGCCGCCGAUAGCCACGCAGAUCGAUGCUACUGGACCGCCGCUCGUGUUGUACGUACAUGAAUGAAAGCAAAAAUUACAGUGACCAA